GAUACCACGCGCGCCCGUUCUCUCAGUUUCUAUUUAGUAUCCACCUCGAAUCGGUGGAUAAGUUCGAUUCCCCUGUUUCAGUGUAAUAACCUUCGCGACGCGAUUUUAAGAUAUAGAUACUCUUCCACGUUCGCGAAAGUCAACGAUUAACGAUUGAAAAUCGUAUAACGAGACGAACUGAUCCUUCAUCUCGAGGAAAAUUAAGAUUAAAAGGAUGCACGUCAGAGCGAUCGCGUUGGUUACUUUACUCCUCAUCGUUCAAGGCUGGUGUAAACCGUCAUCGAAGAGCUUCGAAGAUGUCGAUUACAACGAUGACGCACAGGCCGAUGACAGCGAUGAUUAUUCUCAAAACGACGACGAAAGUGAUACUCCGGAUACCAUCGAGGAACCACCACAAAUUAAAUCGAAUCCGGAGAGUAAACGCGUACGAUCUGGAACUACCGUUACUUUGCCUUGUCUGACGUCGAAUGCAGAUUCUUUUGCGGUCGUAUGGAAAAAGGACGACGAGUUUCUCUACAGCGACGAUAACGCUCUGACGCAGGAUAAGAAUAGAAUCGUUAGAACAGCGGAUAACAGCUUGGUGAUCUACAAUACGACGGUUAACGACACAUCCGACAAUUAUUCCUGCAGUAUUCUCAGUGAUAAACCUAUUACGAUCACGCACAGAUUACUCGUCGACCCUCCUAACGAUAGAUCGCCAUCGGUUACGACUGUAUCGUCAUUGUCGACGAUAUCUACGUCAUCUUCGGUACCAAUAAUAUACGUCACUCCAUCGAAUAAGGUAGAGGUCAAACAAGGUCAAAACAUUACCUUGGGUUGUCACACCAAAGUCCAACCACCCCCGAUGGAAAUGAAGUGGUAUCAUAAGACUAAAAAAUUACACAACGACAAACAUACGAUGAUCCAUAGUGAUUACAUUACCAUAUACAAAGUUGGAAGACACGAUGUCGGUAUAUAUCAAUGUUUAGCCGACAACGGCAUGGACAAUCCACCGCAUUCUGCCAUUAAUCUCAUCGUUUAUUACGCACCGGAGAUCGAGGUGGAACGUGAAAUUGUACACACAGGUGCCGGCGUCGAGUCAGAGAUCACGUGUAUCGUUCACGCUCACCCACCCGCGAACGUGACUUGGUAUAAAAAUCAGAAAGAACUACCAAAGAGAGGAAGGAUCUCGCGAAAGGAAAAUAAAUUAAGAUACACUCUCAGGAUUAUGCAUACGUCCGAACAAGACCUCGGAGAGUACACCUGUCAAGCCAAAAACGAGUUGGGUCAAGCUAACAGGACCAUCUCUCUUACUGGAGCUCCGUCGCAAGCAACCAUCUACGCAGCCGAGUUAAUGAGAGACGAGAACGACAGUUUUAUUUUAAAAUGGCGUCUCGAAAGUUACUCUCCGAUUACGCAGUACAUACUUAAAUAUCGUCGCAAAGGAGACAAGGAAUGGCGAGAAAUCGAGCCACGUGUAAUAGAUGGCCAAGGGAAUCAAUAUACCGUGGAACAUUCUCUCAAUGGCCUAGAGGAUGGAUCUUACGAAGCGAUCCUCGUAGCUAGAAAUUCCUUUGGAUGGUCACAGCCAUCUGCUCCACACACAUUCAUGAGGGAUCACAAUUCUGACGAAGCGACAGAUGAUAAUAAUUCUGAAAAGGCAGCAGGUGUCACAGGAUCGGCAGUCUCGAUCCGACCAUUUUGGGCCAUCCCAGCGUCACUCCUAGUCGUUUGUGCCUUCAGAAAUCUGUAAUUUACGAAAACUGUUUAAACUACGUAGAUAAUUUACUGCAGCCAAAGCAUACACCAGCAGACGUCGUGGUGCGAUUAAUAAUGUAAGGACGCCUGGGAGAAGCUUUAUUAUUCAAAUACGCUUCAUAAGACAUCCGUUGUCUUUGUCCGAAUUAUCCGUAGAAAAAACAGGACAGUAUUUGCAUUGAUUUAAGUCAAAUGAGAUAUAAAAUCGAAAGAAGUAUUCCUACAAGUUAUUUGUUUCUAAACUGUUAAAUAAAUUAUUAUUACGUAAAAAGGAAAAAGAAAUAAAAAAAAAAAAAGAAAAGAAAAUAAAGAUGCAACAAAAUGGCAACGGACACUUAACAAUUCUCCUAGGUGCAUCGUUGACGCAUGUUAACGAUGGAAAAGCAUUUUUAUUUUACUCCGUCAAAUCAUGAGUAAAUAUUAAGAGGGGGGUUCUAUACUUUAAAAUAUAUUUAUAUAUCUAUAUCUAUAUUUAUAUCUAUAUAUAUAUGUGUGUGUGUGUAUAUGUAUGUACAUAUAUAUAUAUAUGUAUAUAGGUAUAGAUAUUAUAUAAUAAACAUAGUAUUCACUGUACAUGUGUAAGCCCAGAGAUACACAAUCAUUAUUAUAAUUUAUUUUUGUAUGCUUAAGAUUAUCAGAUCAAUGUUUAAUGGCGUUGCUGUUUCGUGCCAUGCGUACAGGUACAUCCUGUUUUGUGAACCUGUAAAGAGGAAGCGGCACAAAUUAAUUACGUUGCCUAUGGCAAACGAGUAGAACGGGCAUGUACCUAAUAUAUCAUAGUAACAAAAAUAUACUUUAUUAUCGAUUAUCAUUCUGAUUCUUGUAGGAGGUUAACGAUAGACGGAUUAUAAAUUUUCAAAAUGCAAAACCAUAAUAAUUGCCAUGACUCUCAAAAGUUGGUAAUUAUUAUUUUCACAUUAUUAUUAUUAUUAUUAUUAUUAUUAUUAUUAUUAUUAUUAUUAUUAUUAUUAUUAUUAUUAUUAUUAUUAUUAUUAUUAUUAUUAUUAUUAUUAUUAAAAUAAUUAUUAAUAUUAUUAUUAUUAUUAUUAUCAUUAUUAUUAUCAUCAUAUAGUUGCUCACGAUUAAAGAAAGUUUAUUAUUUUCGCUGUCAUCUUAAAUGUGUAUAUUGCAUUGUGUGAGUUAAUAUGUAUGUUUGCGAAGGAUGGAAGAAUGUUGUGUUGUGCUGUAAUGUUUUCCAUAUUAGGUUGCUAAUAGCGAUAUAUCAAUUUAGUACACACUUUCUGAUUAGAUCGAGUAAACGAAUAAACCUCGUGCAAAAAAAAAUAUUCUCUAAAUGUUAGCACAGAAACAACUUUUAUCUAUUUUAAAUUUCGUCUCGUAUAUCUCUCGUAUACUUAUAUAUACAUAUAUGUUCACUAUGCGAUACAACCAAUUCAUUGCUUAUAGUUGGCUGUAAUUAAACUUGAUCUAAUUUUCCAAAGACCAAAGUUCAUCGAAUUGAAAUAAUACGAUAUAAUAAAAUGUAUGAUAAUAAAUUAUAUAACAAUCUUGAAUAAUGAAGUUGAAAUAAUUACAGCUAUGCUAUAAGUAAAAUAUCAAUUUCGCACGGUACUUAUUUUAUUAAGUUGGACGUAGCACGUUACCUUAAAAAGGCGUAUUAUUGAUUUCUUCAACAAAGAAAAAAAAAAGAAAGAAAAAACAAAGAGUUCCGGAUUCGGUUAAUAAUUCUAUUAAUUUCUUCUGCAUACAAACAAACGGAUCAUGUAAUAUAUCAAAAUUUUUGUACAUAUUUAAUGUGGUGCUACUUAUAGUUUCCGAUUUCGCAGUACCAUCGAAUAACAAUGAAGAUAACGCAAUCGUUACAUUUUACGGACGCUCUAACGUUAAUACGAAUAAGAGAAGGAUAAAUUUCUAUUUUUUGAAGUAAAUAACAUGCAAAUUAUAGUCUUAUCUUCACUCCACUACUGCUUGUAUCGUUGCCUUAUUCGAUGUAACUUGUACAAUCAAUAACAUACAUUAAUCAAUAGAAUAAUAUAAAGUAAAGUAAAUAAAUAAAUAAAUAAAUAAAUAAAUUAAAAAAGCCGCAAAUAAACAUAUUAUGCAGUAGAAAU